UGUGAAUUGGAUUUAGUCGUUAACGAGCGGCCAACAAGAUCAGAUCAAAUUCGGAGAUUCCGUAUCUUUUUGGUUAACACACUAAAAUUUCGUAUAUACAUACAUACAUAAUAUAUAAAUAUCAAAUUUAAAAGCAAACGAACAGUUUUUUUAGUAGCAGUGCACACACACACACAUACAUACAUAUGUAUAUGUGUAUAUAUUUAAAUAGUUGAAAGAAAAAAAUAAUAAUAAUAAAUUCAAGCAGCUGAGCGAUCAGUGAGUGUUAAUAACUAGAAAAAGCAAGUACAAAAAUUAAAAGGCAAACAAACAAUAACAACAACAACAACAGCAAUUUGUUAAUUUAUAGAAAAAAUUAAGCGCAAAAAAGUGUUGAAAUACAGAAAAAAAACACGUCAAAAAAGUGUGUUAGAAAAAGUGUAAAGCAACAACAACAGCGUUAAAAAAAAUUGCCAUAAAACAACAACAACAACAACCAGGAAUUUUCUAACAAAAAUUCGAAAGCUACUAAACUACAUAAGCUGUACUGGCGUAAGAAGUCUGUGUGUCUAGUUUGAACUGGUAAACUGUAGAGCUCGAGCAUUGAACCAGCCAGAUUUUAUGAUGAGCAAAAAUGGACACAGCAAUCCGACAUUCAUUGGCGACAGUGUUGUCAGCGACAAGGCGACCAACAAGAAGUACUCACUAGAGUUAGCGGAGAAGGGUGGCAAGACGGUGGGCGUGGCCGCUAAGGAUGCCGCAUACGAAUAUAAUCCAUAUGAUAAUCGCGAGGUGGAACAUCCGACGACCAACUCGGAGACACUCUUCCACUUGCUGAAGGGUUCGUUGGGCACCGGCAUAUUGGCUAUGCCAAAUGCAUUCCGUAAUGCUGGCUAUAUAACUGGCACCAUAGGCACCGUGAUCAUUGGCUUCAUCUGCACCUAUUGCAUACAUCAGCUUGUCAAAGCCGAAUAUGAGCUUUGUCGACGGAAAAAGGUGCCAAGCAUGAAUUAUCCCAAUGUGGCGGAGAAUGCAUUAAUGGAGGGACCACCAUUCCUCCGCAAAUUUGCACCCUAUAUUGGGCAUGUGGUGAACACCUUUUUGCUGAUCUAUCAACUGGGCUGUUGUUGUGUCUAUGUGGUGUUCGUCGCCUCCAAUAUUAAAUCGAUUGCCGAUUUUUAUCUAGAUGAACCCGUCGAUGUGCGUCUAUGCAUGGUGAUCAUACUGCUGCCACUAAUCUUCAUCAAUUGGGUACGCAAUCUGAAAUACCUGGCGCCAUUCUCCACCAUUGCCAAUGGCAUCACCAUGGUUUCGUUCGGCAUCAUCUGUUACUAUAUCUUCCGCGAACCCUUCACCACCGAGGACAAAGUGGCUGUGGCGCCUUUCGCCGGCUUUCCACUCUUCUUCGGCACUGUGCUCUUUGCGCUGGAAGCUAUCGGCAUCAUAUUACCGUUGGAGAAUGAAAUGAAGACGCCGAAAAAGUUCGGUGGCAGCUGCGGUGUGCUCAAUGUGUCAAUGGUGCUCAUUGUAUUCCUCUAUUCGGGCAUGGGUCUGUUUGGCUAUCUGAAUUAUGGUGGUGAAGUGGAGGGCUCUAUCACAUUGAAUUUGCCUUCGAAAGACAUUUUGGCUCAGUGUGUGAAGGGUAUGUUGGCCUUUGCGAUAUACAUUACACAUGGCCUGGCGUGCUAUGUGGCCAUCGAUAUCACAUGGAAUGAUUAUGUGGCGGAGAAAUUGGGUCCACAGCGUAGCAAACUCUUCUGGGAAUAUGUGGUGCGAACUUCAAUGGUGCUGGUGACAUUUUUCCUAGCCGUGGCCAUACCAAAUUUGGAACUUUUCAUUUCGCUCUUCGGUGCGCUCUGCCUGUCGGCGCUCGGUUUGGCAUUCCCCGCAUUGAUUCAGAUCUGUACACAUUGGUAUCAACGUAAGGGUCUAGCCAAAGUUUGGCUACUAACCAGCAAUUUUGUGCUUAUCAUAGUCGGCAUACUCGGCCUGAUUAUCGGCACAUCCACAUCGCUAUCGGAAAUCAUUGCCACAUUCUCCGAGUGAGCAGUACCACUGCUACACUAACAUGAUUAAAUAAACAUUCUAAUUGAAUUCGUGAUAUUUUAAGUUACUGCUCUAGCAAUAAUUUACAAAAAAAAAAAAACAAAUAAUAAUAAUUUAUUGCAAAGACAAGUAUUAAUGAACAAAAUGACAUAUAUUUGGCUUAAUGUUAAAUAAAUACGCCUUAUAGUAUUGUAUUUAGCUAAUAUGCGAUAACAAGCUUUUGAAAUUUGAAACGGCGAGCGUUUAAAUGGAAUCGCUAAAAUAUGAAUUCCUACACUUGUUAUUAUUAACAACAAUUGUUAGUAUAUAUGGAUGUUUUUUAAGCAAAAUUGUUGCCAUUUUUUAUGAAAAUAGCAUGUAAAUAAUUUAGCAUAUUUUUAUAGGCAUUUGUAAGUAGGUAGCUUGCAAAGAAUUCUAAUAUUUUGGUAUCACUGAAAAUAUUUAAAAAUCACAAUACUUCCAAUGAGUGUGCCUUCGACAAUCGUAACAAUUUUAUUUUAUUAUAUGGAAAGUAUUUUAGUUAUAUACGAGUAAUAUUAAUGUACAAACUAAAAUAAAAUAAAAAUCAAUACAAAUCAUA